AUGGCGAGUUGGGAGAUCGGUACUCGGGCCUGGUUCCCAAACCAGUCCGAGGGUUUCAUUCCCGGUGAGCUUGAGCAGAGAAAAGAUCUGGGUGACGGCAAAAUCGCCCUCGUCUUCAGUCUCUCCGACGAGUCCAAACAGACAGUCGAAACCACCGAGACUGCCCUUCUCGACACCCACAAUGCCUCUUUACCUCCCCUCAUGAACCCUCCCAUGUUCGAGGCCGCCGAAGACCUGACCAACCUGUCCCAUCUAAACGAACCUGCCAUCCUGCAGGCCAUCAAGCUCCGAUAUGCGCAGAAAGAAAUCUACACCUACAGCGGGAUUGUGCUGAUAGCGACGAACCCGUUUGCACGGGUGGACUCGCUGUACGUCCCUCAGAUGGUCCAGGUGUACGCUGGCAAGCAAAGAGCAUCACAAGCACCCCAUCUGUUUGCCAUUGCGGAAGAGGCAUACACGGAUAUGUUGCGGGAUUCACGGAAUCAGACUGUCGUCGUGUCCGGCGAGUCGGGUGCCGGUAAAACAGUCAGUGCCAAAUACAUCAUGCGGUACUUCGCAACCCGAGGGGCCCCUGGACAGGCCAGCAAAGGGACCAAAGCGAGAGCAGAUGCCAUAAGUGAGACCGAGGAGCAAAUCCUUGCUACAAAUCCGGUCAUGGAAGCAUUUGGCAAUGCAAAGACGACGAGAAACGAUAAUUCUUCACGAUUCGGAAAAUACAUUGAAAUCAUGUUUGACCAGAACACCGACAUCAUUGGCGCCCGGAUAAGGACAUAUUUGCUUGAACGAUCACGACUUGUCUUUCAACCAUUGAAGGAGAGAAACUAUCACAUCUUCUACCAGCUCGUAGCCGGUGCGACAGAAGAAGAGAAACAAGAGUUAGGCUUGUUGCCCGUGGAAGAGUUUGACUAUCUGAAUCAAGGCAACGAACCCACGAUCGAUGGUGUCGACGACGCUGCCGAAUUUACAGCCACAAGGAAGGCCUUCACCACAAUCAACGUUUCCGAGGCCACCCAAAAGGAGAUCUUCCGAGUCCUUGCCGCUCUCCUACACAUCGGAAAUAUCAAAAUCACUGCUACUCGCUCAGACUCGACCCUCUCCGCGACCGAGCCUUCGCUGGUUCAGGCCUGCGGCAUACUAGGGAUUGACGCGGCCGAUUUUGCCAAAUGGACGGUCAAGAAGCAACUCAUCACGCGAGGAGAAAAGAUAACCUCAAAUCUGACGCAGCAGCAGGCCACCGUCGUGCGCGAUUCCGUGGCCAAGUUCAUAUACUCUAGCCUAUUCGACUGGCUAGUGGAAACCAUUAAUCACGGCCUGGCGACGGAGGAUGUCCUUCAACGGCUGAAUACUUUCAUCGGGGUGCUUGAUAUUUACGGUUUUGAACAUUUUGCAAAGAACUCCUUCGAACAAUUCUGCAUCAACUACGCGAACGAGAAGCUCCAGCAAGAAUUCAAUCAGCAUGUAUUCAAACUUGAACAGGAAGAAUACAUGCGUGAAGAGAUCGACUGGAAGUUUAUCGAUUUUUCCGACAAUCAACCUUGUAUUGAUCUUAUCGAAGGGAAACUUGGUAUUUUGUCUCUCUUGGACGAGGAAUCUCGACUGCCAAUGGGCUCGGACGAACAGUUUGUCACAAAAUUGCAUCACCAUUUUGCGGCGGACAAGCAGAAAUUCUACAAGAAACCCAGAUUUGGCAAGUCGGCAUUCACGGUUUGUCAUUAUGCCCUCGACGUUACCUACGAAUCCGAUGGCUUCAUCGAUAAGAACCGGGAUACUGUACCGGAUGAGCAGAUGGAAGUGCUUAAGAAGUCUACAAAUGCCUUCUUGGUUGACGUGCUGGACGUUGCCGCGGCGGUGAGAGAAAAGGACACUGCUCAGACAUCUUCGAAAACCGUUGCCCCCGGAGGUGGACGCCGAGUUGGUGUCGCUGUUAAUCGCAAACCUACUCUGGGAGGCAUAUUCAAGAGCUCUCUCAUUGAACUUAUGCAAACCAUCAACUCCACUGAUGCACACUAUAUUCGUUGUAUCAAGCCUAAUGAAGCAAAGGAGUCAUGGAAGUUCGAAGGGCCCAUGGUAUUGAGUCAACUACGGGCGUGCGGUGUUCUGGAAACCGUCCGCAUCAGCACCGCCGGUUAUCCUACACGAUGGACGUACGAAGAAUUUGCUCUGAGGUACUACAUGUUGUGUCGUUCGAACGAAUGGACAACGGAAAUCCGUACGAUGGCACAGAACAUCCUUGUGAAAGCCCUAGGAAAGACAGCCCACGAAAAGUCCGACAAGUACCAACUUGGUCUUACCAAGAUUUUCUUCCGAGCAGGCAUGUUGGCCUUUCUAGAGAACCUUCGUUCGGCUCGGUUGAAAGAGUGUGCCAUCAUGAUCCAGAAGAAUUUGCGGGCAAAAUACUACCGACACAAAUAUCUCGACGCCAGACAGUCGAUCCUCAAUUUCCAAGCCGCUACGCGAGCGUUUCUGGCUCGAAGAAAGACCGAGCAAACAAGACGGACAAAGGCGGCGACAGAUAUCCAAAGAGUGUGGCGAGGACAGAAAGUACGCAAAGAAUACAUUCGGAUCAGGAACGAUAUUAUCCUAUUCGAAUCCAUUGCCAAAGGUUAUCUCUGCAGGAGAAAUAUCCUGGAGACUCGCAUCGGAAAUGCAGCGGUCACCAUCCAAAGAGCUUUCCGUUCGUGGCGAGCAUUACGUGCCUGGAGGCAAUAUCGCAGAAAGGUGGUCAUUGUGCAGAACCUGUGGCGCGGCAAGGUCGCCAGGCGCGACUAUAAGAAAAUGCGUGAAGAGGCUCGCGAUCUCAAGCAGAUCUCCUAUAAACUUGAGAACAAGGUCGUGGAGCUCACACAGUCUCUUGGCGCACUCAAGCGAGAAAACAAGUCCUUGGUUUCCCAAUUGGAGAAUUACGAGAGUCAGUUGAAAUCCUGGAGGUCGAGACACAAUGCUUUGGAGACCCGGUCUCGGGAGCUUCAGAGUGAGGCGAACCAAGCCGGUAUUGUAGCAGCGCGCCUGGCUGCCUUGGAAGAAGAACAUGCCAAAUUGCAGACCAGCCACGAUGAACACAUGGGCAACGCAAAGAGACUGCAAGAAGAAGAGCGCAAGCUUCGAGAGUCAUUGAAGACUUCCAAUGCGGAGCUCGAAAAAUUGCGACAGUCAGUGUCCACGCAUGAAAGUGAGAGAGGCACUCUGCGACAACAAAUCAACGAACUGCAGGAUCAGCUUGAGAUUGCCAGACGGGCGCCACCUCCACCAGCCGCGAACGGCGCCAACGGAGAAUAUGCCAAUGGUACCUCUCAGCUUGCCAACGGACUCAUCAACCUUGUUUCAUCCAAGAAGCCUCUCAAGCGACGAAGCGCGGGAGCUGCCGAACGAAGCGAAAUCGACAGAUAUAGUGCCGCAUAUAGUGCCCGCCCUGUUUCAAUGGCGAUCGACUCUCACACCAAGACUCUCUCAGGUUCUACGUUCAACCCUGGUCUAGACAGUGUUGAGAUGGAGCUCGAGAAUCUCCUUGCGCAGGAAGAAGAACUCAACGACGAAGUCACAAUGGGUCUUAUCCGAGGCAUCAAGAUCCCCCAACCAGGCGCCAACCCUGCACCUACGGACAAAGAGGUCUUGUUCCCAUCUUACCUCAUCAAUCUGGUAACGUCUGAGAUGUGGAACAAUGGGUUCGUCAAGGAAUCCGAACGCUUCCUCGCCAAUGUCAUGCAAUCCAUACAGCAAGAAGUCAUGCAACACGAGGGCGACGAAGCGAUCAAUCCCGGUGCAUUUUGGUUGUCCAACGUGCAUGAAAUGCUCUCCUUUGUCUUCCUAGCCGAAGAUUGGUAUGAGGCGCAAAAGACCGACAACUACGAAUACGAUCGUUUACUUGAAAUUGUCAAGCACGAUCUCGAAUCUCUCGAGUUCAACAUCUACCACACCUGGAUGAAAGUGUUGAAGAAGAAGUUGCAUAAGAUGAUUGUGCCCGCAAUCAUCGAAUCGCAGUCGCUACCCGGUUUCGUCACCAAUGAAAGCAACCGCUUCUUGGGUAAAUUGCUGCCCUCGAACAAUACUCCCGCGUAUAGCAUGGACAACCUCCUCAGUCUCCUGAACAAUGUCUUCAAAGCCAUGAAAGCAUACUAUCUCGAAGACAGCAUCAUUACCCAAACGGUGACUGAGCUCCUUCGUCUUGUGGGGGUGACUGCCUUCAACGAUCUACUUAUGCGGCGCAAUUUCUUGUCGUGGAAGCGCGGUCUGCAGAUUAAUUACAACAUCACUCGUAUCGAAGAGUGGUGCAAGUCUCACGAUAUGCCCGAGGGGACUCUCCAACUCGAGCAUCUCAUGCAGGCCACUAAGCUGCUCCAGCUCAAGAAAGCGACGCUCAACGACAUUGAAAUCAUCCAGGAUAUCUGUUGGAUGCUCUCGCCCAAUCAGAUUCAGAAACUGCUCAAUCAGUAUCUCGUCGCCGAUUACGAGCAGCCUAUUAAUGGUGAAAUCAUGAAGGCUGUAGCGUCGAGGGUGACUGAGAAGAGUGACGUUCUGUUGCUUGCGCCAGUGGACAUGGAAGACAGCGGUCCCUAUGAGAUUGCUGAGCCCAGGGUCAUCACUGCGCUGGAGACGUAUACCCCGUCAUGGCUCCAGACACCGCGUCUCAAACGCCUGGCGGAAAUUGUCUCCGCCCAAGCAAUGGCUCAGCAAGAACAAGGAGGCCUUCCCGACGGAGCGAUCAGUGACUCUGAAGCUAUGAUGGCAUAG